CUAUGGAGGCUUAUGGUUUGAAAAAGGGGAAACUCAUUACCAAGACCCACAAAAUUGAGACUUUCAAAUACAACGAAGAGGAUAAGGACAUCGGAGAAAUUAAGGCUAGGAUAGAUGAUCAGGAAAAUCCUCAUAUACAGCUUGAGUAUAGACCUCUAAAGACUUGGGCGAACGGAGACACCUACGAGGGACAAUGGAACAAAGUCACCUCCUUGAAGCAUGGCUAUGGCACUUAUGUGUGGGAGAAUGGGCAGGAGUAUGAAGGCUACUGGAAGAACGGUAAACAAAAUGGAGAAGGUACAUUUACUUGGCCAAACGGUGACAUCUACGAAGGAGAAUAUAAGAAUGGUCAAAAGCAUGGAAAAGGGAAGCUCACUUGUGCUAAUGGAACCAUUUAUCAAGGAGACUUUAAAGCCGACAAAAGCUGCGGCUUGGGAACCCAAUCCUGGCCGAACGGCGACAAGUACGAAGGGUACUUCGCCGAUAACAAAGAGAACGGGAAAGGAACAUACACUUGGGAUGACGGCAGAAAGUACGUAGGAGUCUGGAAACAAGGCAAGAGACAUGAGAAAGGAGUCUUCUAUGAUCCUGAAGGCAACCCGGUUCCUCUAGAGUGGAGCAAUGGACAGUUACUGUAAUUCAGAUGAAAUGGAAUAAGUCAAGG